UAUAUUUGGAAUUAUAAAAUAUAAAUUAAUAAUUGAUGCACGGCCACAAAAGGACCCAAUUACUUUCCUUUGCGACGGACGCCAACAGGAUUAGAAAGCUGUGAAAUCAAAUUCAAUUAUCUGAAAUCCCUAAUUUCUUAGGAGCCAUGCUUCUCUCUCCAGGCCACUCUCCCCGCCACGUUUCAUCACCGUCACCAUCUCCAUAUUCCGACAACUCUCUCCAAACUCCCGAUGCUGCUUCUUCGAUCACUCCAAAAAACCCUAGCAGAAAACGCGCGCGAGUCCUCGACGAGGACACCUACGUCGCCGCCAUCGAGAAGAUCAUCGAACGCGAUUUUUUCCCUGAUAUUUCCAAGCUCCGGGACCGACUCGAUUGGCUCGAAGCCAUCAAGACAGGCGAUCCGAUUCAAAUCCGUGAUGCCCAGUUGAAGAUCAUCGAACGCCGUGGCAGAAAGGUAAAUAAUGUCAAUUCCGAGGGUAGAGGUCAAACUCUAACCCCUGGUUCUACAUUUAUGAGAAAUUUUACUCCUUUUGAUGAAUUAGAUGGUAAAACCCCCAAAACCCCAGGUGUUUUGGGUAGGGAAUUAUCCGGUGAGGGUGAUUGUAGGGAAAGCGAGGGUGAGAUUGAUACGAACUUGUCCUUAGACGAGUUUUUAAGGAGGUAUACCAGUGAGGAUAACGAUAGUUUUUCCAAGAUUUUAGAGAAGGUUAAUAGGAAGAAGAAGGAGAAGCAUGGGUACUUGACGCAGGGAGAAAUGGGGGACAAGGAUGUUAAAUCAAUUGAGGAUGUGAAGAGAGAUAGGAUUACAGAUGGAUAUGGGACGUCUGAUCAGCCAACAAGUACGUUGGAAGGGUGGAAGUAUAUAGCCAAGAAUUUGUUAAUGUAUCAUCCAGCUGAUCGGGGUGAGGCUCCAUUGACUGAGGAGGAACGAGCAGUAAGAUUGAAGGGCUUGACAAAGGAAAUUAAUCGUGGGAACACACGUUUUCAUGGUAAAGUGAUGGAUUCUAGGCCGAAAGAUGAUGGAUCCUUGGCGGUGCUUUAUACUCCUGUGGCAGGUGCAACACCAAUGCCUAUGUCAGAUAGGGAUGGGGAUAAGGGCAAAAAGUAUGAUCUGGACGAUUUGAGGAAGACCCCAAAUCAGUUUUAUGUGGAAUCUGGGAAGAAAGCGGAGAAUGGUUAUAGUUUUGUAAAGACACCAUCACCUGCACCGGGUGUUGAUGAAUCCCCUUUUAUUACAUGGGGUGAAAUUGAAGGGACACCUUUAAGGUUGGAGCCUGAGGAUACACCAAUUGAUAUUGGUGGCAGUGGUGAUGGGCCUCAUUUUAAGAUUCCUUGUCCACCUGCCAGAGAUGUGAAGGCACACUCCUUAUCCAGGGAAGCUGCUCGGAAAUUGAGAGAGAGGUCAAAGAUUUUUAAGAAGCCACCAUUGCCAUCACCUUAUAGAGGGGGCAGUGCUAGUCCAAGUGUACGAACACUUUCUCCUGCAGCCCAGAAGUUUGUAAGAAACGCAAUUGCAAAAUCCUCUUCUUCUGUGGAUGAAACCCUUCGUGCCAGCUACCGAGGUGCAAGUCCUGGUGUGUCUACUCCUAAAAGUGUAAGAAGUGUUUCAAGGUUUGGAAGGGAUGGCAGCAUGGAUUCCAGGUCACCUUCUGUAAGGGAGGGUUCUAAUCCUCCAUGGUAUUAGUUGUCUUAACUGAUCAAUGGUACCAUGGGUCAAUACUGGCUUGUUUAUACCAUAGUCCUUGAGAAAACCCAUCUGUUUUUGAAUGGGUAAAUGCACCAUUUCAGAUGAUUGUCAUUAUCUCAAUAAUUUUGGUUUUUAAAUGAAUAUAGCAUGGUUUGCAUAUUAAAGAUGUUGCAAUUUAGUUUUGUAA